GCCUCGGACAGCUGUUUGGCUCUCUUCUCUGAUUGGUCACCUGUCCCAUUCCGUUCAUAUGACAAGCAAAAUAGUGCUCGGUUGACUUUGCCCCGUUAAGAGAGAAAAGCCCCCUGAAUUACCUUCGCCUGCACAACGCAAACAUGUCCGAGGAGCGAUCUGAAAGAUCCGAUGGCAGGAUCGUGAAGAUGGAGAUCGACUACAGUUCGACUGUAGACCAGCGUCUCCCGGAGUGCGAGAAAAUGGCUAAAGAGGGCAAGCUGCAGGAGGCCAUUGAGAGUUUGUUGUCCUUGGAGAAGCAAACUAGAACAGCAUCAGACAUGGUGUCCACCUCCAGAAUACUCGUGGCUGUGGUUCAGAUGUGUUAUGAAGCCAAGGACUGGGAUGCCCUGAAUGAAAACAUCAUGUUGCUCACCAAAAGGAGGAGUCAGCUCAAACAGGCUGUUGCCAAAAUGGUACAAGAAUGUUACAAGUAUGUGGACGCUAUGACUGAUCUGACCAUCAAGCUGAGACUCAUCGACACACUUCGCACUGUGACUGCUGGCAAGAUCUAUGUAGAGAUUGAGCGUGCCAGGCUGACAAAGACUUUGGCCAGUAUCAAGGAGCAGAGCGGAGAGGUCAAAGAGGCUGCCUCCAUUCUCCAGGAACUGCAGGUAGAGACAUAUGGCUCCAUGGAGAAAAAGGAGAAGGUGGAGUUUAUCUUGGAACAGAUGAGGCUUUGCAUUGCUGUCAAGGAUUACAUUCGUACCCAGAUCAUCAGCAAGAAGAUAAACACCAAAUUCUUCCAGGAAGAGGGCACUGAGGAGUUGAAGCUGAAGUACUACAACCUGAUGAUUCAGGUGGACCUGCAUGAGGGCUCCUACCUGUCUAUCUGCAAACAUUACCGGGCCAUUUAUGACACCCCCUGCAUCUUGGAGGAAAGCAGCAAGUGGCAACAGGCCCUGAAGAGUGUGGUUCUGUACGUGAUUCUAUCUCCAUACGAUAAUGAGCAGUCAGACCUCGUGCACAGAAUUAGUGCAGACAAGAAACUGGAAGAAAUCCCCAAAUACAAAGACCUCCUGAAGCAGUUUACCACUAUGGAGCUGAUGCGCUGGGCCUCCCUAGUGGAUGAUUAUGGGAAGGAGUUGAGAGAGGGCUCACCCGACAGCCCUGCCACAGACGUCUUCUCUUAUUCAGAGGAGGGGGAGAAAAGGUGGAAGGACCUGAAGAACAGAGUGGUGGAGCAUAACAUCAGAAUUAUGGCAAAAUAUUACACCAGAAUUACAAUGAAGAGAAUGGCUGGACUCCUCGACCUCUCCAUUGAUGAAUCCGAGGAGUUCCUCUCCAGCCUAGUUGUAAACAAGACCAUCUAUGCCAAGGUCGAUCGGCUGGCUGGCAUCAUCAACUUUCAGAGGCCCAAAGACCCCAAUGACCUGCUCAACGACUGGUCGCACAAACUCAACUCUCUCAUGUCUCUGGUCAACAAGACCACACAUCUCAUUGCCAAGGAGGAGAUGAUCCACAACCUGCAGUGAAACAGGAAUAGAGUGUGGGAUUUUUUUUUUUUUUCUGGUCCAUAUUUGUUGUUUUUUAGUUCCGUCUGUGGGAAUGUUUUUGAAUAUACAAUAUAUUGGCGGACUGUGAAUGCAGCAUUAUUCCAAUGUCACAUAAUUGGAGAAAAAUCUGCAGCACAUACACAACACCCCAACUUUGUUCACUUUUUUUACUGUCCAGUAAACCAUUGACAAUAAACACAUGAGCACCUCCCUUCUUUGCAUCCUUCUGUCAGCGUUGGCAAAGACUUGAUAUAUAUAGCAUUAAGCAUUAGCAUUUACUGCCGUAUGAAAAUUUGGCUGAAAUCUCGCGUAAGUGUGUACUUAACAAUGUAAACAAUAAACUCCUCACAUUUGGUUAA